CGUUUGUCCCAGAAUACAUUAUUCUACAAACUCCACGCGCGAACAUUACGAGCAGAAGGCAAUUUGGUGGUCGAAACGGUGUGAUUUGAAAGUGACUGCCACACAAAUAUCUGUAUCUCGGGGCUGAAGGAGCCAGUAAUGACCACAACCACCAACUCUUCAGUUCUUAAAGAUGUUGUUGCCUAUGUUGACGUAUGGUCAUCCAACAAAACAGCAAACUACUCAAAGCCAUUUAUUCAGCAGCUACUGGAAAUGGGAGCUCAGGUAUCAAAAACCUUCAAUAAGCAAGUCACACAUGUAGUUUUCAAUAAUGGCCAUUCAGCGACAUGGAGAAAAGCCAAAAAAAGUAAUGUGCAUCUCGUCUCUGUUCUCUGGGUAGGCAGGUGUUACGACGAUGGCGUGCGUGUGGAUGAAGAGUUAUAUCCAGCCUUAAAUGAUGAAAGCAAUCCUGUCCUGAAGAACAAGAAGCAUCGCUGCAUGCAGCCGAAAGAUUCUCCAGAGAGGACACCUGAAAAUGACAGGCGCAUGAGGAAAAAAUUAGACAAGAUGAUGAAAGACUUUGCUCCAAAAGAACCUUUGGUUACAGAUGUGUCACCCAUCAUUAUUGAUGAGGAGAAUGGAAUAGUCUAUAGCCCGGCUUUUAAAAGGUCAGAUUACAUGGCGCAGCGUUUGAAAGACAUGAAGGAUAAACGAGAAAACCUUUCACCCACAGCUUCACAAAUGGUUGAAUCCCCCUCACCCACUGGGCUGAAGCCUUCUCUUGGAAGCACACCAACUGUCCUCAAAUUAAUGUAUGAUCAGUCAGACGAUGAUUCCAGUGCUUCUGUUGCUGAACUUGGUUACUCACCUGAUAAGGAAGAGGGGAGAACGCACACAGAUGUCAGAGACCAUGAACAUCUUGAACUACCCCACAGGAAAGACUGCCUCUCACCCUGCCAUCAUGUUCCAGAAAGGGUCAUAAGUGUGCCUACGUGCCCUGACUCUGAGAACAAAAAGGAUAAAGAACGAAAGAAACAAAAAAAGUCACAAAGGACCUCAGUUAGGAAAAAAGAAACCAUUGAUACCGUAGAGUUUUUAGAAAGUCCUUGUCAGGGCAGGAUAUCUGACAACAGCAAGAACUUGCAGAAAGAAAGAAGGCAGUCGCAGAUAAAGUCACCUCGAUUAUCACCUAAUAAAUCUGAAAAGAGAAAACAAAAAAUCACAAAAGUAAAGUUUUUUGCAGAGACUAAAUCCCUUAUUUCUCCUGACACUCUGGAGUCCUCCAGCUGCCACUCCUCAGCCACGCAAUGUGAUGCUGCUCCGGGACAGAAAACACCCAAACAGGCUCGACAGUCAUUUUCUGCAUUGGUACGAUCUUUCACUUCAUCCAGUGAAUACAAACGUGUCACCCCUGGUAAAGCUGAUGGCGAUGAUGAUGUGUUUGAGGACUAUUUCUCUCCAGCUAACCAGAGAUCAGAAAGACUUCUGUCUCUUAAUCUCCCUGUGGAGAGCAACAUUGAGAUACCUUUUAAGUUGGACGCAGUCCCGAAGAAGAGAAGACAAAGAAGAAGUGAAAUCUUUGGAACACAGGGUCAAAAAAAGAGGAAACUGGAAGAAAGUGACACUGGUAAAGAUCAGCAGUCUGAAACUAGCAAUGAAACUCAAAGUCAACAAGAAGAAGAGGAAGAAUGUUUGCCUGCGUUGAAUAACCCAAGUGCCGAUAAAAAACUAAUGGGUCAACCAACCACAUUACCAGAGGAUCAAACUCUGUCAGAGCUGAAGAAAAACUCUGAUUUCAAUGUUCCUUGUCACACUGUGGAAAGUAGAGGAAAUGAAUGUACAGUCACAGCUGGUUUCACAGAGAGCCCAACUGAAGCUGAAGGAAAUCACAAUAAGCAAGUCGGUUUGAGUCUACAGAAAAUGGUUAACAAAACAAAGGCAGUGAGAACUCUCGUCAUGACAAGCAUGCCCACUGAGAAGCAGAACACAGUGGUUCAAGUAGUGAAAGCGCUUGGUGGUUUCUCAAUCGUUGACCGCGUUUGUGAAAGCACAACUCAUGUGGUGUCUGGAGAACACAGGCGGACUCUCAAUAUUCUACUGGGUAUAGCUCAUGGUUGUUGGAUCCUCUCAUUUGAAUGGAUACUCUGGUCCUUGGAGCAAAGGCAGUGGAUUCCCGAGGAGCCGUAUGAACUUGCAGAUCAAUUUCCUGCAGCACAGAUCUGUCGUCUCCAGAGGCACCUGUCUGCUGGGGAGCACCAGCAGGAUCUGUUCCAAGGUCAGCCGGCCAUGUUUGUGUCUCAGCACUCCCAGCCACCCACUCAGAGCCUGGUGGAGCUGAUUGAGCUUUGCGGAGGGACAGUCUGCAAAACUGUGCGACAGGCGGGAAUCUGCAUAGGGAAAUACAGUGGCAGGAGGCCAGAGGGAAGCAGGAUCCUGUCUGAGCAGUGGGUGUUGGACAGCAUCACACAUCUGAAGCAGCUGUCAUACGAUGACUACGAGCUGGAGUGACCAUCGCUGAUUUUUUUUUUUUUUUUUUUUUAAGUUUACCUCAUUUCUUCCAUGCAGUGUUCAUCUUUGGCAGUUUUUUUUUUAAAUCUUUUUAUGCAGUUGUUUUCAUAGAGGAAAUUUUUUUAACCUUUUAGAAUGAUCAAAUAUGAAAUAGUCUCAGUUACUGUGAAACUGAACAAGCUUUUUUACUUACUGUCUGUCCUUUAAUAUCUGUGUCUGGAUUAAAUUAAAAACCACUACUAUAACAAUGUGAGUUUAGAAA